GGAGAGACAACCAUGGAAGAAUUAGACGAAGCAGAUGAAAACAUUUUAGUUGGUCCUUUGCAGGGGAAAUUUUGUUUUAAAAUACAGGAGGGAAGAGUCGAUAAGAGCGCGGUCAUAUGUAAAUUAUGCAACAAGGAAUUCGCCUAUCACCGCAGCGUAUCAAGCCUCAAAUAUCACCUGAACGCAAAGCAUGUAGCAGCUAGCUUGGCAGAUACUAGUGUGGAAGCUAGCCCAACUGGGAGGAAGACGAAACAACCCACACUACACCAGCUGACUGGCUUCAAGGGCAGGGUAAGCAAGACCAAGGCCGAUAAAAUGACCAACGCGCUGGCUUACUGGGCGGCUCUCGACUGCAGACCCAUUGCUGUGGUAGAAGAUAAGGGGCUGUCUCAGCGUGAGGAUGCCCUAAAUCACAGAUUUCUACAAGUGGCUACAGCACUCGACCCUCGCUUUAAGGACCUAAAGUGUCUACCAAGAGGAGAGCGAGGAGAUGUGUGGACCAGCAUUGAGGAACUGGUGCCCGAAAAUGUGAACAGGCUAGUCCCUGACCUCAUCUUUGGCUUUAGUCUAUGGCUAAUCCUGCUCACAUUCGUCUUCAUGGUUCUGACCACCUGCCUGUCCUCCGACCACCAAACCCCUGCAUCUGGGACUCUCUAA